GGUGGGCGUGGCCGGGUGUCACGCGCGGGGGGCGGGCCGGCGAUCGCGCGCGCCAUGGCGGUGUUGGGGUAUUGGGACAUCCGCGGGCUCGCCCACGCCAUCCGCCUGCUCCUGGAGUACACGGAGACKCCCUACGAGGACAAGCUGUACAGCUGUGGGGAAGCUCCYGACUACGACAAGAGCCARUGGAUCAAYGAGAAGGAGAAGCUGGGGCUUGACUUCCCCAAYGUAGGUGCUCUGGACUGAGGUUCCGUGGAGCUCCAAGCGGGGUCAGGGAGGGUUUGGUCCCAGCGCUGCCACGGCCCCGCAGGCGGUGAGACCGAGGAGGAGAUGCUGCGUGUGGACAUGCUGGAGAACCAGAUCAUGGAUUUCCGCAUGAGCCUGGUCAUGGUCUGCUACAACCCUGACUUUGAGAAGCUCAAGCCGGGCUACCUGGAGCAGCUCCCGGGGAAGCUGAAGCUCUUCUCCAACUUCUUGGGAGACAGAAAGUGGUUUGCGGGGGAGAAGCUGACCUUCGUGGACUUCCUGAUGUUCGACGUGCUGGAUCAGAACCGCAUCUUUGAGCCCAAGUGCCUGGAGCCCUUCAAGAACCUCAAGGACUUCAUGGAGCGCUUUGGGGCUCUGGAGAAGGUGGCUGCCUACAUGAAGUCCAGCCGCUUCCAGAAGAUGCCCAUCAACAACAAGAUGGCCAAGUGGGGCAACAAGAAGUUGUAGGAGCUCAGCCGGGGGUGAGGAGGGUGGGCAGGGGGGGGGUCCUGACUCAGCCCCCCCAGACCCCUCCRUCCCUGGGGGCAGACGGCACCGCUGGUGUGAAGCCCCCCGAGAGAAUAAAAUGCUUUAGAUGAGGCACCCGGAGCCCCCCAGAGCGUGGUGCUGUUGGGGUGGGGGGCACUGAGGUGGCCCCCGUGCGUGGUUGGGGUGGGUGUGGGGUGAGGGGGGGUCCCAAGCCACCCCCGUGGCCGAUUUGGGGGGGCACGGGCUCAGCCCUGUGCUGUCCCCAGGGCCCUCCCUUGUUACCCUGGGAAAGGAGCCCCACUCCUCAUUAGCACAUUGCUAAUGAGCGUUAAUGAGGCAGCCCUGACAAAGGCUGCGGGGAGAGAGAUUUGGUGCCCUGCCACCCACCCAGGGUGCUGAGCGGGGUGGCCUGGGGACAGCCCUGUCCCCUGGGGCCUCUGGCUGCCAUCAGCUCCCGAAGACAGGCACCAGGAAUGUGCCUUGGGUGCCGCAGGGGGAUGAAAUGCUGUGUCCCCCUCCCUGUCCCUAUUCCCCCUCUCCCUCCCCCACGGCGUGCCCCCCAAACUCUGCACACCCCACUKCUGUCACUUUUAUUUUCCACAUCAAUAACUUUACAUUUU